AUGCCGCCUCAAAUCAAGCAAGAUCUGAACCGAUCCGGCUGGGAGUCCACCGACUUCCCGUCGGUCUGCGAGAACUGUCUGCCCGACAACCCCUACGUCAAGAUGCUCAAGGAGGACUAUGGCGCCGAGUGCAAGCUCUGCACGCGACCCUUUACCGUCUUUGCCUGGUCAGCCGACAGAGCCCACGGACGCAAGAAGCGCACCAACAUCUGCCUCACCUGCGCUCGCCUCAAGAAUUGCUGCCAGACCUGCAUGCUCGACCUCAGCUUCGGCCUGCCCGUCGCGGUGCGCGACGCCGCGCUCAAGAUGGUUGCGCCCGGUCCCGGAAGCGAGGUCAACAGGGAAUACUUUGCACAGAACAAGGAAAAGGAGAUCGAGGAAGGACGCGGAGGCACCGAACAAUACGAGCAGACGGACGAAAAGGCACGAGAGCUGCUCAGAAGACUCGCCGCGAGCAAGCCGUAUUUCAGAAAGGGCCGAGCCAUCGAAGACGGCAGCGCGUCGCAGAGCUCUGGCGGUGACGCCGCUGUUGGCGCUGGCGUUGCUGGCCCCGGGCCCAUUCGUACACGAGAUUCCAGGGCCGCCGCCGCAUCGGGAGCAGGACCUAGAUCAGGAGGCAACAGACGACCAUUCCCAGCAGCAUCGCAACUACCACCCGGCCCUCAAGAUUGGCUGCCACCCCAGGACAGGAAUAUCAUGUCACUUUUCAUCACUGGUGUCGAAGAUGAUCUGCCAGAGUACAAGAUUAGAGACUUUUUCAAAGAGCACGGAAAGAUCAAGAGUUUGGUGUGCAGUCACAUGUCGCAUUGCGCUUUCAUCAACUACGAGACGCGAGAGGGAGCUGAAAAGGCUGCAGAGGCGUGCCAAGGUCGUGCUGUCAUUGCUGGAUGCCCCUUGAGAGUCAGGUGGAGUGUACCCAAGGCUGUUGGUACCAUGAACAGAGAGCAGCGCGCCGAGAUGAUCAGGGACGGGCGGAGCGCUUUUGGUGACGUCAGGAAGCAAAAGGCCAUUGCAGGCAGACCUGGCCAGCGAGCGCUGACUCAAGGUGGAGAGGGACAACAAGCACAGCAAGACAUGGAGAGCAUGGCUCCUGUUGCUGCACCCCCUGGGGCCAGUGAGGUGAAUUAUGCCAGCUUGGCGGGUGAAUAA